CGGAAGUCAGAGCCGGUCCUGGCCGCCAGGUCCGGCCCCUGGGUGCGAGGCGCUCCGGGGCGCGCUGAGGCCCCAAUGCCGAGCCCACGGCUUCUGGUGCUGUUCGGCAGCCAGACGGGCACGGCCCAGGAUGUGUCGGAGAGGCUGGGCCGCGAGGCCCGGCGCCGGCGGCUCGAGUGCCGGGUGCAGGCGCUGGACUCCUACCCGGUGGUGAACCUGAUUAAUGAGCCCCUGGUGAUAUUUGUUUGUGCAACGACAGGCCAAGGAGACCCUCCUGACAACAUGAAGAGCUUCUGGAGGUUCAUCUUCCGCAAGAACCUGCCGUCGACCUCUCUCUGCCAGAUGGACUUCGCUGUCCUGGGCCUUGGGGACUCCUCUUACGCCAAGUUCAAUUUCGUGGCCAAGAAGCUGCACCGACGGCUGCUGCAGCUCGGGGGCGCCGCCCUCCUGCCCGUGUGCCUGGGCGACGACCAGCACGAGCUGGGGCCCGAUGCCGCCGUCGACCCCUGGCUGCGUGACCUGUGGGAGAAGGUGCUGGGGCUGCACCCCGUGCCCCUCCACCUCGGCGUGAUCCCCCCCGGAGUCCCUUUGCCGUCCACGUUCACCCUGCAGUUCCUUCAGGAGGCCCCCAGGGUGUGCCCUGCGGAGGUACCCAGGGCCGGGACGGACCCUCCGAGUCCCCCCUCAGAGCUGCAGCCCUUCCUGGCCCCCAUGGUCGCCAACCAGAGGGUCACGGGCCCCUCACACUUCCAGGACGUUCGUCUCAUCGAGUUCGACAUCACGGGCUCCGGGAUCAGCUUUGUGGCCGGCGACGUGGUGCUGAUCCAGCCCGAGAACACGGUCGGGCACGUCCAGCGCUUCUGCCAGGCGCUGGGCCUGGACCCUGACCAGUACUUCACGCUGCAGCCCCGGGAAGCAGAUGUCCCCUGCCCUGGGCGGCUGCCCCAGCCCUGCUCCGUGCGGCACCUCGUGUCCAAGUACCUGGACAUCGCCAGCGUGCCGCGACGCUCCUUCUUCGAGCUCCUGGCCUGCCUCUCGCCCCACAAGCUGGAGCGGGAGAAGCUGCUGGAGCUCAGCUCUGCGGAGGGCCAGGAGGCCCUGCACGAGUACUGCAGCCGGCCCCGCAGGACUGCCCUAGAGGUGCUGUGUGACUUCCCACACACGGCAGCGGCCGUGCCCCCGGACUACCUGCUGGACCUCAUCCCCCCGAUCCGGCCGCGCGCCUUCUCCAUCGCCUCUUCUCUGCUGGCCCGCCCCGCGAGGCUGCAGAUCCUCGUGGCCGUGGUGCAGUACCAGACUCGCCUCAAGGAGCCCCGCCGGGGCCUCUGCUCCUCCUGGCUGGCAUCUCUGGACCCUGGGCAAGGCCCUGCCCAGGUGCCGCUGUGGGUGCGGCCUGGGGCCCUGACUUUCCCGCAGACGCCAGACACACCUGUGAUCAUGGUGGGGCCUGGCACUGGCGUGGCCCCGUUCCACGCAGCCAUCCAGGAGCGGGUGGCCCAGGGUCAGGUGGGGAACACCUUGUUCUUCGGCUGCCGCCAGCGGGAACAGGAUUUCUACUGGGAGGCCGAGUGGGCGGAGCUGGAGGAGAAGGGCUCCCUGACCCUCGUCACAGCCUUCUCCCGGGAGCAGGAGCGGAAGGUGUACGUGCAGCACCGGCUCCGUGAGCGCGGGCCGCUGGUGUGGGAGCUCCUGGACCGCCGGGGCGCCAGCUUCUACCUGGCAGGCAACGCCAAGCACAUGCCGGCCGACGUGUCCGAAGCCCUGACGUCCAUCUUCCAGGCGGAGGGCGGGCUCUCGGGCCCCGAGGCGGCCGCCUACCUGGCCCGGCUGCAGCGCACGCUGCGCUUCCAGACCGAGACGUGGGCCUGAAGAGCCGCCAGCCGCCGCCGCUCCACCUGCAGCGCCGUCGGGCCCCCGUGGGAGGACGGCCGGCCCCGCUGCUCAGCUGCACGCCACCUGGGGUCCACGCUCAGCCCCACCCCACUGCCGCCCUGGUCCCCGGCUCCAGCUGGCCUUCCCCCGGGCCCCAACGUGGGUCCCACUCGGGGCGGGGACCCAGGAAGGCGCCGGCAGCCUGAUGGGCAUCGGGGAGCUCUCCCAGCCGCCCACGCCCAGACAGUGCAGGAGUCGGGGUGCGGGCCCCGGCAGAGCCCAGCACCCCUCCUCUGCCUGGGUGACCACGGGCUCCCGGGCGUCCUCUGCCCCAGCAGCCACCAAGUGCCCCCGGGGCCCCUCGGGGCUCAGGGUUCAUGGCCAGGAGGCCCUGGCCAGCACUCCCGCCCUUGCCUGGCUCCAGAAAGUCUCAGCAAUAAAUGACACG